AUGGAGUACAAUCGGCUGGGGAACUCAGGCCUGAAGAUCUCCAAGAUUGUGAUGGGGGGUAUGUCCUUUGGCAACCCUCAAUGGGAAGGAUGGGUGUUGGAUGAAAAAGCCUCGCUUCCAGUUUUGGAAUAUGCCUACCAGCGUGGGAUCAAUACCUGGGAUACUGCCGACUUCUAUUCACAUGGCGACAGCGAGCGGAUCUUUGGCAAAGCCCUGAAACAGUUCAAGAUUCCCCGACAGAACGUGACCAUAUUGACAAAGUGCUAUUUCGGGGUGAGCCAUGACGGAUCCCAGCUCCCGCUCGCGGAGAGCGCAGUCAAUGACGGCCCCAUGGUCAAUCGGGUCGGACUCAGCCGCAAACACAUCUUGGAUGCCGUCGAUGCCAGUGUCGAGCGACUCGGAACGUACAUCGACGUCCUUCAGAUCCACCGAUUAGACAGGGACACCCCGAUGGAGGAGAUCAUGAGCACUCUCAACGAUGUCGUGCGGUCUGGAAAGGCUCGGUACAUCGGCGCCAGCAGCAUGGCGGCAUGGGAGUUUCAGCAAAUGCAAAAUAUCGCGGAGAAGAACGGCUGGGCUCGUUUCAUCAGCAUGCAGAACUACCUGAACCUGAUCUAUCGCGAAGAAGAACGGGAGAUGAUUCCGUAUUGUCGAGCCACGGGUGUCGGGAUCAUGCCCUGGUCGCCAGUCGCACGGGGGGUCCUGGCUCGCCCCUGGGGGGCAAAUGCGACCAAGCGCGAGCAGACGGACGCAUACCUCUCGGCGCUGAUCACACGCGAGAGUCAGGCUGACAAGGCGGUCGUGGACCGGGUCGAGGAGGUGGCCAAGAAACGAGGUGUGCCCAUGGCGGCGGUUGCAACGGCGUGGGUUCUCAGUAAAGGGGCAAAUCCUGUGCUCGGCCUGAGUUCGAAAGCGCGAAUCGAUCAGGCGAUUGAAGCUCUUGAGCUCAAACUCGAUGACGAAGAGAUCAAGUACUUGGAGGAACCGUAUCUCCCUAAGAAUGUCACAGGUUACUAA